ACUCUUUACUCGAUCGCACACUGUAUCGAGCUUUGUCAUGCAUUUCUUACUUUAAUGGAGAGAUUUUGACAGGAGAGGUUCGGAAGAUGUCCUAUGCGUUUCAAGGAAGACUACGAAAACGACGGGCCAAGGCGAUUUUACUGUCUGAAGCAUUUCCAUAUCAUCAUCCAAUUACGCUGACACUUUCUCUGAUUUCUUUUUCAUGUUUUUUAGUUCUUUCUCCACUGGGCCACAACCACUUGUUGGUUGAUUCAAAAGCCUGAAAUGGACAUGAAGUUUCAUCGUUGUGAAAGUAUUCUCUCUGCUUUCGUGAGUUCUUCCCAUUACUUUCUCUACCUCACUUAUGUUCCCCCUUAUCUAAAUUCGGAAGAUCUCUGCGUCAGCGUAGGAAACAGUGUUCACUGUUGCUCAUGGAUCUGAGUUGAAUUUCUCAUUCCUAUCUACUAAUUUGAAUUUCUUCAGAAGGUUCUGAGCCCAAUUGGGGACGGUGCUAUAUCUGAAUCAACGUUUCCUUCAAAUAUGGGAAAAAUUGGGAGAGACUGGAGACAGAUCUACGCGAUCUACGGCAUGGACGAAUGGCAAACUGUGAUUUUCCUCCUAAUCCAUGCUCUUCUAUUUUCAUUUCUCGCCGUCUUUUUCAUCCUCUACUUCAAUCCCCUCUGUUCAGCUGUCGAAUCUCUCUCCCCAGCCCUUCCCGUCGGAGCUUCUCGCUUCAUCGCCGGCUUCACCUGUUCCGUUACUGCAAUCUCGGCCGUCUGUCUCUUCUUCGCCACUGGCAACAUCUUCUACUGCUCCGUCUCCCUCCACUGGGAGAUGGCUCAGCUCAUGAUCAACGUCGUUACAGACUGGUCAACAGUAAAAACGGCCCUGGAUGUCGGUUGCGGCCGAGGGAUUCUCCUCAAUGCAGUGGCACUACAGCUGAAAAAGGAAGGAAGUUCCGGUCGCGUAGUUGGGCUAGAUUGCCGGAAAACAGCGGUGGCGACACUGCGGACGGCAGUGCUGGAAGGUGUUCAGCAAUAUGUGACUUGCAAGGAAGGCGAUGCACGGCGAUUGCCGUUCGCCGAUGAUUACUUCGAUGUGGUGGUGUCGGCAGUGUUCCUGCACACGGUGGGGAAGGAGCUUGGGCAUCGGACGGCGGCGGCUGCUGCGGAGAGGAUAAAAGGGUUGGGGGAGGUGGUUAGGGUUUUGAAGCCAGAUGGGGUCGGUGUCGUGUGGGACCUGGUUCACGUGCCGGAAUAUGUGCAGAGGUUGCAAGAGCUAAGAAUGGAGGACAUUCGCGUUUCGGAGCGUGUUACGGCUUUCAUGGUCAGUAGCCAUAUCGUGUCGUUUCGAAAGCCACGUCAGAAUUUGGCUGGACCGGACGACGUUAGUGACUCGAGAUGCACGACCAUUGGUUAACUGGCCAUUCUUUGUACGGAAAAGAAGAAGAAUGAGAAUUAAAAAAGAAAAAAGAGAGAAUGGUAUUCUUGUCAUCUUAGUUAUAUAUGGGGAUAAUUACUUUAAAAAAUAAAUAAAUAAAUUCUAUCUGCAAAUUAUACCCAAAAAAAAAUAUAUAAUAAAUAUGCAUGUGCAAAUGCAUGUGUGGGUUCUGUUGUGUGUGUGUGAGAGAGAGAGAGAGAGAGAGAGAGAAAGAAAGAGAUUCAUAUGGUUUGAUCUUUAUUGUUUGUAAUCGUCUAUCUAAAUAUAUGUCAUAAUUGAUGGGUUGAAAUU